AUGAGCAAUCUAUUUGAUGUUUUUGAUGAAGAUGGGAAUGAUAUCGCUGAUAUUCAAAUUGAAGAAUUAGAAGAAGUUGAUAACAAUGCAGUUGAGGACGUUGAAACUGCAACUCAAAAGCGUGGUUUGGAUUCGGAAGAAGAAUCGGAGGGGUCUAAAGACGAUGACGAAGAUAAUUCUGGUAAGAAACUCAAACAUGGCGAUAAAUUAAUUAAUGAAAAAAAAAAUACGGUCGUUAUACCUGUUGUCACCGAUACUUUUGAGCAAGAAGAAUCAAGAGAGGUUGAUGUCUCUACUGGGUUAACUAAUGCUGCUACAACGCAAGUGGAAGAUGAUGGUAAAGUUAAAUUGAAGCAUCAAGUUCGUCAUCAAGUCGCUCUACCUCCAAAUUAUGAUUAUAAACCAAUCGGUCAACAUAAGAGAGUGAAUCAGGCUCGUACUUAUCCGUUUACUUUAGAUCCUUUCCAAGAUACUGCUAUUUCUUGUAUUGAUAGAGGUGAAUCAGUUUUAGUCUCUGCUCAUACAUCUGCUGGUAAAACUGUUGUUGCUGAGUAUGCUAUUGCUCAAUCUCUUAGGGAUAAACAAAGAGUCAUUUAUACCUCUCCAAUUAAAGCACUAUCAAAUCAAAAAUACAGAGAGUUAUCUGCCGAGUUUGGCGAUGUUGGUUUAAUGACUGGCGAUAUUACAAUUAAUCCAGAUGCUGGAUGUCUAGUUAUGACAACUGAAAUUCUAAGAAGUAUGUUAUAUAGAGGUAGUGAAGUUAUGCGAGAAGUUGCAUGGGUUGUCUUCGAUGAAGUUCAUUAUAUGAGAGAUAAAGAGCGUGGUGUUGUUUGGGAAGAAACCAUUAUUCUUUUACCAGAUAAGGUUCGUUAUGUCUUCUUAUCUGCCACAAUCCCAAAUUCCAUGGAAUUCGCUGAAUGGAUUUGUAAAAUCCACUCCCAGCCAUGUCAUAUUGUUUACACAGAUUUCCGUCCAACACCGUUACAGCAUUAUUUGUUCCCAGCACAUGGUGAUGGUAUAUAUUUGGUAGUAGAUGAAAAAAGUACGUUUAGAGAAGAAAACUUUCAAAAAGCUAUGGCAUCAAUCAGCAAUGGCGCAGGUGAUGAUCCAAAUUCAGCUGUUGCUAAAGGUAAGAAGGGCCAGUCAUUCAAAGGUGGUGCAUCAAAAGGUGAUGCCAAAGGUGAUAUAUAUAAGAUUGUUAAAAUGAUCUGGAAGAAAAAAUAUAACCCAGUUAUUGUUUUCUCCUUUAGUAAGCGUGAUUGUGAAGAAUUAGCUUUGAAAAUGUCUAAAUUAGAUUUUAAUUCAGAAGAUGAAAAAGAUGCAUUAUCUAAAAUUUUCAAUAAUGCAAUUGCAUUAUUACCUGAAAAUGACAGAGAAUUACCUCAAAUUAAACACAUUCUUCCAUUGUUGAGAAGAGGUAUCGGUAUUCAUCAUUCUGGUUUGCUUCCUAUCUUAAAAGAAGUUAUUGAAAUUCUAUUUCAGGAAGGUUUCCUAAAGGUGUUAUUUGCAACUGAAACAUUUUCAAUUGGUCUAAAUAUGCCUGCCAAAACUGUUGUUUUCACUUCAGUGAGGAAAUGGGAUGGUAAGCAAUUCCGUUGGGUUUCUGGUGGUGAAUAUAUUCAAAUGUCAGGACGUGCUGGUCGUCGUGGUUUAGAUGAUCGUGGUAUUGUUAUUAUGAUGAUCGAUGAAAAAAUGGAACCUCAGGUUGCUAAAGGGAUGGUUAAAGGUCAAGCGGAUAGAUUGGACUCCGCAUUCCAUUUAGGUUACAAUAUGAUUUUGAACCUAAUGAGAGUAGAAGGUAUCUCUCCUGAGUUUAUGUUGGAGCAUUCCUUUUAUCAAUUCCAAAAUGUUAUCUCUGUUCCAAUCAUGGAAAAGACAUAUUUGGAGCUAGAAAAAAAAGCUGAUGAAAUAUACAUUGAAGACGAAGAAAAUAUAAGGGAAUACUAUGAUAUCAGAAAAACGUUGGAUGGCUAUAACGAAGAUUUACGUCACGUUAUCACACAUCCAGCUAACCUAUUGAGUUUCUUACAACCUGGUAGAUUAAUUAAUGUUAAUAUUGGUGGUGAACAAGAUUAUGGAUGGGCUGUUGUUAUUGAUUUCGUUAAGAGAGUUAACAAACGUGAUACCUCUGUUGUUUAUUCUGACCACGAAUCUUAUAUUGUCAAUGUUGUCGUCAACACAAUGUAUUCUAAUGCUCCUGUUAAUAUUAUUAAACCAUUUAACCCAGUAUUACCAGAAGGUAUCCGUCCUAUUGUGAAAGGUGAACAACCUAUUUGUGCAAUUAUUCCUAUAACAUUAGAAUCUAUUAAAUCUGUUGGUAACUUAAGAUUAUUUAUGCCAAAGGAUAUUAAAGCCAGUGGCCAAAAAGAAACAGUUGCAAAAUCAUUAAAUGAAGUCAAGAGAAGAUUCCCAGAUGGUGUUCCAUUAAUUGAUCCUGUUAAAAAUAUGAAGAUUGAAGAUGAAGAUUUCAAGACUCUAUUGAAAAAAAUUGUUGUUCUAGAAGAAAAAUUGUAUAGCAAUCCUUUAGCAAAUUCGGUGAGAUUAAGUGAAUUAUAUGACAAAUUUAGCAUUAAAUUUGCUUUGCAUGAAGACAUGAAGAAAUUGAAGAAAAAAAUCAAUGAAUCACAAGCUGUUAUACAAUUAGAUGAUUUACGUAGAAGGAAGCGUGUAUUACGUAGAUUAGGUUUCUCUACUCCAAGUGAUAUCAUCGAAUUGAAGGGUAGAGUAGCCUGUGAAAUAUCUAGUGGUGAUGAGUUGUUAUUAACCGAAUUAAUUUUCAAUGGUAAUUUCAAUGAAUUAAAACCAGAACAAGCUGCCGCCUUACUGUCAUGUUUUGCCUUCCAAGAGCGUUGUAAAGAAGCUCCAAGGUUAAAACCAGAAUUAGCUGAACCAUUGAAAGCAAUGAGAGAAGUUGCCUCCAAAAUUGCUAAGGUUAUGAAGGAUUCCAAAAUUGAAGUUAUUGAGAAGGAGUAUGUUGAAAGUUUUAGACACGAACUGAUGGAAGUUGUCUAUGAAUGGUGUAAAGGUGCAACAUUCACUCAAAUUUGUAAAAUGACCGAUGUAUACGAGGGUUCCUUAAUUAGAAUGUUUAAGAGAUUAGAAGAGCUAGUUAACGAACUUGUCAAUGUCGCUCGUACAAUUGGUAAUUCUGCAUUAGAAGAAAAAAUGGAAACUAUAGUCAAACUAAUACAUAGAGAUAUUGUUUCAGCUGGUUCAUUAUAUUUAUAG